AUGGCUAAUAUAACUGACACUACAGAAGUUGCAGCAGAAAAAUACUUUCAGAAGCCCGAUGAGAUACAUUAUAGAUAUGCGAAGCAUGUUUUGAGAUAUUUAGUAUUGACCAAGAAACUCAUGCAUUAUUUGACUUGUGAAGAGGGUGACGAGAAUUAUGUUGCAUAUAAUGACCGAACUUUUCUUAGUUUGUCAGAUGAUCUUAUUAGUAUGACAAUUUCUGAUGAUAUUCUGAAAACAGUUAGAAAGGAUGGAAUAACUGGAGAUAUAAAGCUAGGUUAUGCACCCGAGAUUCCUCCAAUUGUAUAUGUCAUUGACAACUCGAGAAAUGGCGUAUUACACAACUCAGAGGAAAUGCAAAAAGGAGAGAUUAGAUACUUAAGGCACGGCGAUAAGCUUGAACUCAAGACUGCAUGCACAAUUGAAUUCUUUGAAUCUGAAUCUUGUUCUGUUAUUGAUUCCCCGGCAAUGUCCCAGGUAACUCAAAGUGUUAAUGGAUGGCAAAUAUCAUCCAUCAAGCUAGGAUCGGGUUCGUUUGGCUCGGUUCAUAUUGCCAGGUCGUUGAUUCACAAGGGCGCUUUUGCAGUCAAAAUCAUUCCCAAGCAGAAAACUAGUCGAUUUGAUAAUUCCAAAGUGUUCCAGAGCAGAGAGGCGACGCUUCUACUGAAAAUUAACCAUCCAAACAUCAUUAAAAUUCAUGAAGCCAUAGAAAAAAAUAACAAGUUUUAUAUUUUCCAGGAUCUCAUUUGCGGCGGCGAUCUCUUUUCCUACCUUGUAAACGACAAUUACUUAAAAGCCAUUCCCGAGAGAGAAGCUAUAUUUAUUGUGUUUCAAAUAAUGAAGGCACUUCAAUUCUUACAUAAGAAUUUGCUUAUAGUACAUCGUGAUCUCAAGUUGGACAAUGUCUUGAUGCACAUUCCUUUGCCCAAAUCAAGAAUUUACCUUUGUGAUUUUGGAAUCGCUAAACAAUUGCCUAGUGGAAGGACCACAACUUGUGUCGGAACAAUUGAAUAUAGUGCUCCCGAGGUAUUCAAAUGCGACUCUAACGGAAGGGCCAUUGAGGCGUACAAUUUCAAAUGUGACAUCUGGUCCUUGGGAAUAAUCACCCACAUCUUACUUUCCGGAAUCUCACCAUUCUAUGCACAUGAAAAAGCCUCCAUUUUGUUAGCUUCUCGUGAAGGAAAGCUAAAUUUCAACAGAAAACAAUUUUCUCAUACUUCUAGCUUAGCCCAGAGGUUCGUAUCGGCAUUGCUUAAAGUAGACGCAAGCAAACGGUUGGAUAUCGACGAGUGUUUCGAACAUGGUUGGAUUAAAAGGAACAAGGCAAAGUUGGAAGCUUUCUACCGUGAUCAUAUAUUGAUAUGA